GUGUGUGAGAUCAGCAGUUCAUCAUCAGUGUAUUAAGCUGCUGAAGAGAGAAUCUGCCCGAAUUUGCUCUGCAGCAGCAUCUGACCUCAGGUGCAGGAUGAGGUUUCUGAUCUCUUUGUGUGUGUCUCUACUUCUGCUGAUUAAUGGUGAAAUAACCAGUGGACAAACAUCAGAUCCUACAACUUCCAGCUCUGACCCAUGCUAUGAUUAUAACACUCUUGAUGACUACUGGAGAAACAUACGGCAAAAUUACUACUAUGGCUAUGAUGACAGCCUUGUUGAAUGGAGUGGCUGGUAUCGUCUGUAUCUGAAUGGAGAAAGUGCCCAGAUGUCUGAGUGGUGUAUCAGUAAUAUGAACUGUGGUGGAUACACUGCACUGUAUCUCAGUGGUGCUCAUCCAACACUUGAGGAUGGAGUUGUGACCCGUGAAGUUGUAGGAACUACUCCAUGGUGGUGGUGGGGUUAUUCCAAUCAGUGUGGUGCCUACACAUCCACAUCCAUCCAAGUCAAAGCCUGUCCAGGAGACUACUAUGUCUAUGAAUUUGUCAAACCCAUCACAUCAGCCUACAAACCUACAUACUGUGCAGUUGUCUUCCAAAACAUCAGCAGUGAUCCCUGCUACAAAUAUGAGUCUCUGGAUCGUCCCUGGAGAGCCAACAAUGAAAGUGGAGACUACAUUUGUGAUAACUAUUUUUCCUGGAGCGGCUGGUACCGGUUUUUCUACUAUGGAAUGAACAUCCAGAUGUCAGAGACCUGUGUUAAUUCAUACAGCUGUAGCACAUAUACUACUCUUUGGCUCAAUGGUCCUCAUCCUGAGAUUGAGGAUGGAGUGGUGCUCAGAGAAGUCUGUGGAGGAUCUUAUUGGAGCGGUUGCUGUUCUGAUAAGUCAAUCCCCAUCAGAGUGAAAGCAUGUCCAGGAAAUUACUAUGUCUAUGAACUUGUGAAUCCACAGGUCUGGUGUUCAGGAUACUGCACAGAUGUCAGCACUAUUUCACAGGCUCCUACUGUAAGUCCAGAUAUAAUCACUGGAUCCAGCAUCACCUUGAAUUAUGACCCGUGUGAUAACUACAAUGUAAUCAACAACUACUGGAGAAGCACAUUCAAUUACUGGUCUAUGUAUGGAUUCAUCUCUGAUCAUGAUGACACUCGUGUUGAAUGGGACGGCUGGUAUCGACUCUUCAUUGAUGGAUCGAGUGCUCAGAUGCCCGAGUGGUGUUUUUAUUACAUGUCAUGUGGAAGUUUUAGUUCUCUGUAUCUUGGUGGCUCUCAUCCUCGUCUAGAAGAUGGAGUUGUUACUCGUGAAGUUUUUGGCUCUCACUAUUAUCAGUGCAGUCGCUACACAUCUGAACCAAUCCAAGUCAAAGCCUGUCCUGGAGAUUAUUAUGUCUACAGGUUGACCAGACCAACUCUUUCCAUCCCAGUUCCUGUAUAUUGUGCAGUACCUUUCUCCACCCCAAGUGUUGAUCCCUGCUACAACUACACCAGUCUGGACGAGCCUUGGAGAUCCACAGACAACUAUUACUAUAAUAACUAUUACUAUAGUAUGUGUGAUUAUAAUGUGGAGUGGAAAGGCUGGUACAGGAUGUUCUAUAACGGUCAAAAUGCCCAGAUGCCAGAAUCAAAUGUUAAUCCUGGAAUGUGUGGCACUUCUACACCACUGUGGCUCAAUGAAGCUCAUCCACAGCUAGAAGAUGGAGUGGUCACCCGUCAGGUCUGUGUCUCCUCAUGGGACAGCUACUGUUAUUACACAUCCCACCCUAUACGAGUCAAAGCCUGUCCUGGAGAUUACUAUGUUUAUGAGUUCGUCAAGCCAAUGUUUUGCGGAGCAUACUGUGUUGCCUCCAAUCAGUCCAUCGCAUCAGUGUCUACGACACCAGAGACAAUCCCAUCAGUAGAAUCCAUUACUCCACCAGUCACAACCACUGCUCUACCUGUUGACCCCUGCUACAACUACAAUGUUCUGGAUGAUUCAUGGAGAUCCACCAACAAUCAAUAUUCCUCUCAAGUAAUGUGUGACUCUUGGGUCAGCUGGAACGGCUGGUACCGUCUCUACAUUCAGAAUCAGAGCGUUCAGAUGCCAGACACAUGUGUUGAAGAGUUUAGCUGUGGUACUUAUGCUCCACUCUGGCUGAAUGGAGGACAUCCAACAGUUGAGGAUGGAGUGGUCACUCGAGAUGUCUGCGGUCACUGGAGCAAUAACUGCUGCUUUUUCCAAUCCAAUCCCAUUAAAGUCAAAGCCUGUCCAGGAGAUUAUUAUGUCUAUGAGCUUGUGAGCCCAAGUACCUGCAAUUUAGCAUACUGUGCAGAUGCAAGCAACAUAACUACUACCUCUACUACUGUCACACCAGAGACAACCACAGCUGAAACCACAACCACGGAAACUACAACCAUGAACAUUACAAUUGGGCGAUUUUAUCCAUUUGGAACUGGAGACACAGUGAAUGGACGUAAUGAUGAUGGGAGUUCAUCUGUUAUAUAUCUGCAGCAGCCGUUCAUAUUUUUUGGCCAAACAUACAACCAGAUUUAUGUCAACAACAAUGGACACUUGACUUUUGAUGGGGCAUGGUACAGCUACAGUCCAUAUCAGUUCCCAGCUUAUGGAGAAAAAGACCUCAUUGCUCCAUUCUGGACAGAUAUUGACAAUCGAUGGAAUGGUGUCAUCUCAUAUCAACAGUACACUUCUGGCAGUGUCCUUACUCAGGCAACCCAAGACAUAAACCAGUACUUCCCCGACUUGAGUUUCUCUGCUUCAUGGGUUUUUGUGGCAACAUGGGAUAGAGUUGCAUACUUCUACAAUUCAGGAACAGAAACAUCUUUCCAAGUGGUUCUGAUAUCAAACGGCCAACUCUCAUUCGUUGUAAUGAACUAUGGUGCAAUUGCUCCAACUCAACGAUAUGUACAGGUAUGCUAAAGAUGACAUUGAGAUAAUAGGAACUGCAUCUUCUGUGAAUAAAUGUCUAAGCAGACAUCUGAAUGUCUUCCUUCUCAUUAGGCUGGUUAUGACACUAUCGACUCAAGUCAUCAUUUCUCAAUUACUGGAUCACUGCAGAAUGACAUCACAAAUCUACCACUCAGCAGUAACGUCAAUGUGCCGGGCAGAUGGGCCUUCAGAACAGAUCGUGGGACACGGGGCUGUCAAUUUAAUGGUUUUCCAGUGCAGAGGGGAGACUCUUUCUGGAGUGAUGCUGGCUGUCAGGAGAGAUGCACUUGUACCAGAAGAGGCCUCCAGUGCAGCUUUGAGCCCUGUACUUUUUCCCAAGCCUGUCGUCCAGCUGCUUUCCAAUACUCUUGUCAAAACAUUCAGAGGCAAACAUGUACCAUCUCUGGUGAUCCUCACUAUUAUACCUUCGACAAUCAGAUUUUUCACUUUCAAGGAACCUGCACAUAUGUUCUGUCAGAGGCUUGUGGAAAUGAUUUACCAUACUAUCGCAUUGAGGGCAAAAAUGAUCAUCGGGGUAGCACACAAGUGUCAUGGACUCGAAUGGUCAAAGUAUUUGUCUAUGAUGAAGAAAUUGAACUUGUUAAAGAUCACUAUUAUGAGGCAAAGGUUAAUGGGACCUUUGUAGCAACACCAUUCAAUCUCCGCAAUGGCUCCAUCCAAGUUUAUCAGUCAGGUUUUUCCUUGGCCAUCAGCACAGAUUUUGGUCUUCUAGUUACAUAUGAUGCCUACAGCUAUGUCACUAUCUCUGUACCUUAUGACUAUCAGAACGGCACAUGUGGUCUAUGUGGAAAUUAUAAUCUACAUCCUGAAGAUGACUACCGUUCAAUUUCUGGGGAGAUCUUGAGCUCCGAUGUUGACUUUGCUAACUCUUGGAAGGUAGAUGAAGACACAGAUCCUGAAUGCCAUGAUGUCAGGUGCACAGGUCUAGGUUGUGCUGUUUGUACCGGCAAUGAAAUGAGCCUUUACAGUGACACCAACCACUGUGGGAUUCUAGGAGAUGUUUCAGGGCCUUUUGCAUCUUGCCACUCUGUGUUUUCACCACAGACCUACAUAGAGAACUGCGUCUAUGAUAUUUGCUUAGGAGGAGGGUACCAGCCCAUUCUGUGCCAGGGUCUUACUGUGUAUGCUGCUCAGUGCCAACAGCAGGGUGUACAGUUAGGGUACUGGAGACAACCAGGCUUCUGUGAGAUUCAAUGUCCAGAGCACAGUCAUUUUGAGCCCCAUGGAACAGGCUGCCCUGCAACUUGCAGUAACCCCUCUGCUCCAAUGAACUGUCCCUUGCCCAGUCAGGAGAGCUGUGUUUGUGAUAAUGGGUACAUCCUCAGCGCUGGACAAUGUGUGCCUGAAGCAAACUGUGGUUGUGUCUUUGAGGGCUUCUAUUACUCUGAGGGACAGUCUGUAGAGUUGGACGAGGACUGUGGGAGGCAGUGUGUUUGCAGUAGCAGGUCAAUGGUGUGCAUUCAGCACCAGUGUGGUCCAGCUGAAGUUUGUGGGCUCCAUAAUGGUGUAAGGGGUUGCAGACCCAUCAGCUAUGCUACCUGUUCAGUUGAAAGCCUGGGUUCAUAUCAUACCUUUGAUGGACAAACUUUCCGUUACCCAGGAGCUUGUGGACUGACCCUUGCUAGAGUGAUGGGGCCAUCCCAACUGCCAUACUUUGUACUCACAGUGGAAAAAAACCCCAGAGGCCUUCAAGAGUUUUCCAGGUUCCUGAGGUUUGAAACAGGAGGAACUCAUGUUUCCAUUGAAUUGGGAGAAGGUAGUAAUGUACAGGUGGAUGGACAGAUGGUUGGUCUUCCUACUAGUGUUGGUUCCAGUCAGAUCCAUAUCUAUCACAGCAGUGCAAGAGGUUUUGUUUUAGAGACAAACUUUGGAGUGACCGUAAGAGCUGACUGGCCACACAUUGUCCGAAUCACAGCUCCAACCACUUACAAUGGAACACUUGGAGGUCUGUGUGGAAACUUGAAUGGAAAUAUUGAAGAUGAAUUCUACAGUCCAGAUGGUGUCCUCCUUCACGACUCCCAGCUUUUUGCCGACAGCUGGCGUGAUGGAUCUCUGUCAGCUUACUGUGUCGAUCCAACAGAUGUGUGGGAACCAGGUCUUUAUCAGAACAGGACUGAGUACAGCGAACACUGCAGCAUCAUGGACAUGAAUGAUGGACCAUUUGCUGAGUGCAGCAGAACUCUAGACCCUUGGCAACGGAUUGAAGAUUGUAUUCAGAUGCUGGAGCAGACAGACGGUGCCAGGGAGGCUCUAUGUGAGGCUCUGCGAGGCUAUACACUGAACUGCCAACAGAAUGGCUUCACAGUUGGAGAGUGGAGGAGUAUCACCCACUGUGAUCCCAACUGUCCAUCUAAUACUCAUUAUGAACUGUGUGGCACAUCCUGUCCUGCGUCCUGCCCUAGUCUCUCUUUUCCCUUCCAGUGCAUACUGCCAUGUCAGGGAGGAUGCCAGUGCAACGAUGGACUGGUGCUGGAUGGAGACCGCUGUGUUCCUCCGACCGGUUGUGGCUGUCACUAUGAGGGACGUUAUCGGCAGCCCGGAGAGCAGUUCUGGCAUGGUGAAGAAUGCCAGUUCCUGUGUGUUUGUGAUGGAAUCACUGGAAAUGUUCGUUGCACACCAUCAUCUUGCAGUGAACAGGAGAUCUGUCGUGUGGUGGAGGGGGAGUAUGGCUGCCAUCCUCGCCCACAUGGUGUCUGUUAUGCUUCAGGAGAUCCCCAUUAUAUGUCUUUUGAUGGAACCUAUUUUGACUUUCAAGGCAAAUGCCGAUAUGUGCUGGCCAAAGUAUGUGGUGAUACUAGUGGUCUGCCGCACUUCCAGGUGGAUGCAAGAAAUGAAGGAUGGCAUGGGUGGUCAGUGUCAAUAACUGUUGACGUUUUUGUCAAUGUUUCUGGGCAUCUUGUGCACAUGUCUCAGGAUAUGAACGGUUAUUCUGCUGUUGAGGUUGAUGAAGAGAUCAGAAACCUUCCCGUCUACCUUGACUCUGGUCGGAUAUCUGUUUACUCUACAGGACAGUUUAUUUAUGUCUCAACUGACUUUGGUCUCAGCGUCACUUAUGGUGGCUCCUGGGAAGUAAUCAUCAUUGUACCAGCAGACUACAAUGGAGCUGUGUGUGGCAUCUGUGGAAACUUUAAUGCUGAUCCUGGGGAUGACUUCCUCACUCCUUCUGGUGCUCUGGCACCUUCAGCAGACCAGUUUGGCACAGAAUGGAAGGUUGAAGGGGACAUGCCAUGUGAUGAUGGCUGUGGAGAAAAUUGUCCUGACCAUUGCAGAGAUGAGAGCACAACUCUUAUCUCACAAGCUUUUUGUGAAAUCAUCAGAGACAGUCAGGGUCCCUUCAGCUUCUGCCAUGGUUCAGUGGAUCCACAAGCCUACUUUGAUAGCUGUGUAUUUGAUGUGUGCAUUUCUGAGGACAAUCACGAUGUUUUGUGUCACUCUGUUCAAUCGUAUGUGAGUGCUUGUCAGUCUGCUAAUGCCAUUGUCUAUCCCUGGAGAGAAAGCGCAUCCUGUGUCAUGGACUGCUCAUCAAACAUCCCAAACAGUCAUUAUGAGGUGUGCGGCACAGACUGUGGUCACACAUGCGCCAGCAGCAUUGAUGCUAGUUGUGAACACACAUGCUCAGAAGGUUGUUUCUGUGAUGAGGGCUUUGUGAGGAGCGGAGGACUCUGUGUACCAGUGGAGCAAUGUGGCUGCUUGUAUGAUGGAUUCUACUAUAAUAUUGGCGAACAGUUUUGGGAUUCAACAUGUUCCCAACACUGUGAGUGUUUUGCUCCAAAUGAUUUACGCUGCUCUGCAUCAUCCUGCCCACCAGCCUUAGAGUGUGUGGUCAGAAAUGGACAUCGUGACUGUUACAGCUCAAUGUCCACUUGCACAAUCUGGGGUGAUCCACACUACAUCACCUUUGAUGGAGCUGUGUCCCACUUUCAGGGAACAUGCUCAUAUGAGAUUGCUCAGACUUGCGGUAAUGUCACCAACAAUGAUCUGGAGUUUCGGGUGGUGGCCACCAACAGACACCGUGGGAACAUGGUGGUAUCGUUUGUGUCUGCAGUGGAUGUUUGGUUGUCUCAAGGUGGACGACAGAUGCACAUCACAAUUGGGCAAAACAGGAGAGUUAAAGUUGAUGGAAAUGCUGUGGAAACAGCAGCAUAUCAAAACAAUGACCUUGUAGAGAUACAUGAGGAGCAGGGCUUUGUAAUUCUUAAUGCUUUCAAUAAAUUUGUUGUCCAUUUCGAUGGACAUAACAGCCUUCUGGUCAGAGUGAGUGAAAGAUACCAGGGAUCUUUAUGUGGAAUGUGUGGAAAUUUCAACGGUAAUCCUGCAGAUGACAAAGUGCUGCCCAGUGGAGACCCGGCUCCUGAUGACUAUUCCUUUGGUCGUAGCUGGCAAUCAGACACCAGCAUUCCAGGCUGUGGUGCCAGAGACCAGAGUGGUAAUACUGAUGAGUGUCCAUCCAGGCAGAGGUACUCUGAUCUCUGUAGUAUUAUCACCAACACCACUGGCCCUUUCCAGACCUGCCAUCUUCAUGUUGACCCUGCACCUUACUACUACUCCUGUGUGUAUGAUCUGUGUCUGUACACACGGGCAAAUGACAUGCUAUGUUCAGCUGUUGAGGCCUAUGAAACUGCUUGUGCCAUCUUGGAGAUUCAGAUCCCAGAAUGGCGCUCGGGUCUGCGGUGUGAUGUGAGAGAUCGCUGCUCUGAGCUCAGCUGCUCUGAGGAUGAAUGGUGUGGGAAGAAAAAUGGUGCUUAUGGCUGUUUGUGUAAUGACGACCUUCCCAGACCACAAGCUGACUCUUUUGAUUUCUCAGAAAGCUGUGAAAGCAGCUCUGGCUCCAUGUCUGUGUCUCGCUGUCAGCUCUUUGAGGCUGGUUUUUCGGCUGACGUCUUACACCUCAAUGAUCCCAGCUGCAGAGGAACGGUCCGGAACGGCAGAGUGGAAUUUCAUUUUGAUAACGAUGAACACAUUUGUGGCACAAAUCUUGUGGCUAACGGCACCCAUAUCAUCUAUGAUAACUAUAUUCUGGGGUCACCGAGGUCAGAAGGUCUCAUCAGCAGACAGAAAAUCCUCAAGCUUUCUUUCAGCUGUGUUUAUCCUCAAACACAAUCACUUUCCAUGAAUGUGGAAAUCAACCCACUGGAGACCAAAGUGCGCAAGACUCUCCCCGCUGGUGAAGGCAGAUAUCAGGUUCGGAUGACUCCAUAUGAGGAUGAUGAGUUUACCCGGCCCUUCACUGGUAGAGUGGAUGCAGAGCUGGACCAGAAGAUGAAUGUGGAAGUUCGUGUUGAGGGGGUGGACAGCCGUCAGUUUGCUCUGGUGAUGGACACGUGUUGGGCUACACCUGUGAAUGAUCCUGAUUACAGUCUCCGCUGGGAUCUCAUCGUUAGAGAGUGUCCCAAUCCAAACGACGACACAGUGGAGCUGCUGCAGAACGGCGUCUCGACAUCCAGUCGUUUCUCCUUCAAGAUGUUCAUCUUCACUGCAAACUCCACCAAACUUUACCUUCACUGUGCUGUUCAUCUUUGUCUUUUGUCGAGCAGUCGCUGCUCAAAGGACUGUAACUCUGAACAUCACUGGAGAGAGCACAGGUCUCUGGACUUCCACGACAGUGCUUCCAUAUCCAUGGGUCCUCUGAUGUUGUCUGAAGGAAACACAGAUAAGUGGGUUCCAGAGAAAGUGAAGGCAUCUGAGGCUUCUUCUCUUUGUGCUUCUCUGGUGCUGUUACUUGUUCCUCUGAUAAGUGUCCUGACCCUCUUUUAGUUUUCCACAAAAGAUGUGCAACAUUUUAUAUGCAUUUUGUUUAGUGCUGUAUUUUUGUGGAACUGAUGCUGCAAUGAUUGUGGUUUUCUAAAUAUUUGAAAUAAUACAUUAGUUAUUAUAAACUACAUUUAUACUGUGUAUGUGCUGCAAUAACAAAGACAGUUCAUUUUGAGUUUAUUCUAAUGAAGUAAAAACAUUAAUAGGGUAAUCUCUGUGGUUCCCUUUCAGUCUGUAAUCAAUAAAUAAUCCAAAUAAAUACAUAUACACUUGUCAGAAAUAUCACAAACUGAAAUAUGCAAUAUUGUUAUACUAGAAUAUUAUGACUUCCCUCCUUAAUGGCAUUUAUUAUGGCACAUAAACAAGGAGAAAAAGUGGGUUAAGCAACUUUCUUUUGUAGUAAUUUCCUUUUAGUAAAUGUAAGACAAAGAUCAAAGUGACUAAGUUCUGUCUUUCUCUGUAAUCAUUGUGCGCGUCUUCUAUGUUCAUGCUAUGAAAGUAUGCAUGAGAAAUAUCUUGUUCUUCUGCUUCAUGUUAUUAAAGUUUAAAGAAUGUU